AUGGCAGCUUCGAAACAUAUCCUCGUGUUGGGGGCUACAGGUAGGCAGUCUGAACAUGAUCCCUUUCCAGGCCUGGACAGUACGCAGCUUGCGAUGGCUAACUUGCCACGAUUAGGCGCCAGCGGUCUCGAAUUCAUCAAGGCUGUGCUAGGAGAUCCGUCCAAGCACGUCACACUCCUGACACGAAGCGUUUCUAAACUACCACAAGAAUAUCUAUCACACGGCCAGAUUAGCGUAGUACAGGGCCAGCUGAACGAUCCUGUAGCGGUGGGCAAGGCCAUGGAGGGCGUCACGUCCGUCGUCUCGUUUCUAGGCGCUUACAUCACGCUGGCCAACUUCCUCACGCGCAGCACCGACACACCCAUCGCAGAUUCGCUUCAGACUGUAUUCGCCGCCAUGCGUGCUGCAGGCGUAAAGCGUCUCAUGGCGCUUUCAACGCCUGGCGGAUUUCAACAACCCGGAGAGCGGCCGAGCUGGCUAUGGUGGCUCCUUGUGCACGUCAUCCCUAAGCUUGUCACCCCCGGUGGAGUUGCCGAGAUGCGCAGAAUUGGAGAGGUGGUGUCUGCGCAGAAGGACCUAGACUGGACAGUGUUCCGGAUCCCUCACCUGAACGAGGGCAGCAAAGAUCUCGAGGUGAGGACGGGGUUCAUAGGGGCUGGAUACGACGGAUCAUGGGAGCUAAGCAGGGCCAGCCUGGUAAGAUGGGUGUUGAGGGAGUUGGACGAGGGCAAAUGGACUGGACGGGCGCCUGCUGUAGGAAAUGCCUGA